AUGCUUAGAAUUAUUUCGUAUAAUAUAAGAGGGAUAACAACAUACAAAAAACAACAAUUACUUAAAAUAUGGUUAAACCAAACUCAACAUGAUAUUGUUAUGCUCCAAGAAACACAUAUGACAAAAUUUAAACAUCUCAAUCAAUUCAACAAUUCUUUUCUUGAUUAUAAUAUUAAAUGUGCUUUAGGAACAUGGAGUGCUGGUGGUGUCUUAAUCAUGAUUAAGAAGAAAUAUAAUAUUAUUGAUUGUGGAUCAGAUGCUAUAGGUAGAAUAGUUUAUAUGAAAAUUGAAUAUAAUCAAUUACCAAUAUUAUUAGUUAAUGUUUAUGCACCUACUCAAAGAACUGAGAGAUGUGAAUUUUUUAAAGACUUGUUUUUAUAUCUUCCUACUACAAAAUGGACUAUAAUUGGUGGAGAUUUCAAUUGUACUCCAAAUAACAAAAUUGAUAGGAGUCAACUAGCUUUACAACCAGACAACUUAUCUUAUCGAACACUACUAAGAGAGGUCAUAAAUCCAUUAUUAAUGAUCGAGGUUUUCCGACGUAAACAUCCACGGAAAAUUAAUUAUUCUUAUCAUUCAGAUGCUGGAAACAUACAUAGUCGUAUCGACCUUUUUUUUAGUACUAAUGUCAUAUAUAAGAAUGUACAGGAAAUUUUUUAUUCACCGGUUGGUAUUUCCGAUCAUGAUGCAUUGAUUAUGAUUGUUAAAAUACCAUUAAUUAACAAUGACAAAAGUUUUCGUAGAUGGAUUUGCAAGUCGGAUGUGACUAAAAGAAAAACAUUUAUAGAAAAAUUUCACAAAAUUUGGAAUAUUAUAAUUAAAAAUGCUGAUUUUAAUUCCACGGAAUGGUGGAAAGACUUCAAGACGAGCUUGACAAUGAUUUUACAAGAUGAAGAAAGACAGCUCAAUCAUGAAAUACGUCGUAAAUUAAAUGAUUUAAUUAAUGAGUAUCGGUUUAGAGCAAAUGAUCCAACAAAAGAAGAUUUAAUAAAAUUAGAUAUUAUCCGACAGAGAAUUAAAGAUACAUUAACAGAGAAAUUUUUAAGUGUUGUUUCAAAUCAAGUCGAUAGAAAUCUCAAAUGUUUAGGGAAUUUAGUAAAAACAAGGUUUUCACAUGAUAAAGCAAAUCAGUCGAGGAUUAUAUUCCUAAUACAUCCAACCAAAGGUCGGGUGGAAAAUGCUAGUGAAAUGAUGGAGGUUGCCACAACCUUUUAUCAGGAUUUAUAUGAUUUUAAAGCAAUUGAUAAAGAUUAUUGGAAAGAAUUAUUUAAAGAUUUACCAACACUUAGUCAAGAAGAUAGUGAUUUUCUUGAACAAGAUAUUACAAUGAAUGAAUGCCAUGAAGCAUUAAAAACUAUGCCAUUAGGAAAAGCCCCUGGAGAUGAUGGAUUGACAGUUGAGGUGUGGAGAAUUAUAUUUCCAGUAAUAGGUGAACGUUAUCUUCAUAUGAUUAAUACAGCAAAACUAAAAGGGCAAUUUUACAAUGGUUUUCUAAAUGGACUCCUUACUUUGUUAAAGAAAGAUGGUAUUUUCAAUGGAUCUAUGAAAAACUUUAGACCCCUCUCUCUUAUGAACAUCGAUUAUAAGGUUAUUUCUAAGGUUUUGAGUAUUCGACUAAAGAAAAUGAUACAUAAAUUAAUACAUUAUAAUCAAACCUCAGGUAUUCCAGGUAGAUCCAUUCAUGACAAUGUGCAAUUAAUUAGAUCAAUUAUUGAUUAUCACUCACGUAAUAGAAUAUCAAUUGGUUUAGCACAAUGGGACCAGGAAAAAGCCUUCGAUAGGGUAAAUCAUCUGUAUCUUUUUGAGGUAUUAAAACAGUUUGGAUUGGGAUGCAAUUUCAUUAAUUUAAUUAAAUUGCUUUAUACCAAUUCCACUUUUACCAUCAACUUUAAUAACAAUCUUAGCCAGAAAUUACCAUUUAACUCUGGCAUUAGGCAGGGAUGCUCAUUGUCGGGUUUUUUAUAUAUUAUGUGCUUAGAACCCUUACUUAAUUUGAUGAGGAGAAAUCACAACAUACCUGGUGUAUUAAUUCCCGGUAGUCAAUAUAAAACAAUUGCUCAUAAAAUUCUUAAAAAUGAUGAUAUUAAUGUAGAAAUUAAAGUAUUAGCUUAUGCUGAUGAUAUUUGUUCAGUAGUUUAUAAUGCAAAUGAUGAACUUGAAACAUAUGCAAUGUUUCAAAAGUACAGUAAAGCAUCAGGUGGAAAAACAAAUGAAGCUAAAACUAAAAUUUUCUGGAUCAGUGAUUCGAUCGAUCCUCCUGUUUUUAAUGCUAAAGUAGAAAAAGAAAUGUGCAUCUUUCUAGGCAUACCGAUGAAUAACAAAGGUCACUUACCACAGGUUGAAUUGAACAAAUUAAUAAAUAAUAUUAAAAUGAAAAUAGGCCUAUGGUCAUCCAUAAAAUUAAAUCUAUGUGAGAGAUCAACUGUAUUGAAAACAUUCAUUAUUAGUAAAUUAGUGUAUUGGUUCACCUUAAUGACAAUUAAAAAAGACAUAAUUAAGAUCCUACAAAAAAUUUGUAAUACUUUCUUUUGGGGAAAUAUUCAUCCAUUUGUAAAAUUCCAUACUUGUGUUGGAAGAAAAGAAGAUGGUGGAUUUGGUCUUAUACAUUUAGAGUCACUAGUAAUAUCUUACAGAAUUAAAUGUGGAUUGACAAUUACAAGUACAUCACCAAAAAUUUGGCAAUUCUUUGCAUUACCAUAUGUAGGUUUGCAUCUAUAUAAAUAUGCUCCUUGGUUAUGGUCAAAUCUAAUUCCUCAUUUUGAUGACGAUAAUCAUUUUUUUGGUGAGGUAGCAAUUAAUACAGCAAAAUGGUUACGACAAGGAAAUGAAGCAACGAAAAAUGAAAAAGAUAAAUCAAUUUACUGGAAAUUUAUCAAUAAGAAUAUUUACCGACCACCAGUUUGUUAUGAACGUAUCAGUCACUUGAAAAACAUACCUUUUUACAAAAUAAUACAUUAUUGUAAUUUACCAUCUAAUAUCAUAGAAUUCUGGACAUCACUAGCUAAUUUUGGUAUAAACACUCGUGAUAGACUUGGUAAAACAAUGGAAGAAAAGAAAUGUUUAUUUUGUCCAUUACCAGAAACGUUAUCACACCUAUUUAUUACAUGUUCAUAUUUUGAAGAAAUAUUCAAGUUAUUAUUCGAAUAUAUUAAAAAUAAGUUUAGUUUAUCAAUAACAAGAAAUGGAAAUGAAAUUAUUUACCUACAUAUUAUUUCAUCCAUAACAUCGAAUAAAAUCCAGAAACAAGUAACAUAUACAAUAGGCAACUACUUGUAUGCAAUUUGGACAUAUAGAUGUAUCAUGAAAAAUGGUUCUCGAAAAAAUCAAUUACGUAGAUGUAGAGAAAUAUUUAUGACCAAUAUGAGAUAUUUACCAUUUGAUAAUGGUUAG